AUGGCGCCCUCACCGACGCCCGCAUCCCGGCGCAAAUCCAUAGCCGUGUCCAGCGCAUCGAGCGUGGACCCUGCGCGGCCCGUGCAUAAGCGGCGCGCACAUUCGAUUGCGCCGGGGGAUAAAGGCCCGCGCAAAUCGAUCCUCAAACCGUCGCAAGACGACCUCACGCUCGACUUUACGACCUCCGCCUCUAGCUCCUCCCGCACGUCCCUCACAACACUAUCCCGCCGCGUAUCCUUCGCACCCGCCAUCGACGUGCGGCUGUUCGAGAAGGACAAGAAGAACUCGCCGAAGGGCCGGCGGCGGUCGUCGUCUGCGCCUGCCGCUAGCACAGAGGACGAGGACGGUGGCGGUGACGGGAGAAUCAGUGAUGAGAACGCGGGCGUCCAGAUCGGGAGCAGGCGGCGCAGCAGCAUGCGCGCGCCGCGCGUGAGCGAGUACGGCGAGAUGAGCAUGGACGUCGACGGCUCUACCUCCCCCAUCGCUAGCACCUCCUACCUCGACGCGCCCGAUUCGUCGCCGCUCCCCGCGGGCUUUCUCGAUAAUCUGUCGGACGGGAGCGUCGUGCUACCAGACGAAGACGAGGAGGAUGAGAUGGAUAGGAGAAGAAGUCGAGUCCAAUUCGAGCAGGGCGACGAGGAGAUGGAGUAUUCCGACGAGGAAGAGGAGGAUGGAGGGGACGAUAUGGACAUCACGCGCCCGAUCCCGCGCCACUCCCUGUCACGCCGCCGCCGCUCAUCGACCGUGCCUAACCUCGGCGCUCCUCUCCCGCCCGACGACGAAGACGACGACGACGAAGAAGAAGAAGAAGAAGACCCGCUCCCGGACGAGAUCCCGUUCGACGAGGACGGAGACGGGCCUCUACCAGACGAAGACGACGAGGACGACGACGCCCAGUACGACGAGGAGGAAGAGGAUGCGGAGGAUGAGGACGACGAGAUCCACCAACAGAUCGAACACGUCGAGUACUCCGCGCCGCUCGAGCAGCCGCUCCGCCCGCGCCGGCGCGAUAGCGAGGCCGCGAUUCUCGCGCUCGCCGCCGCGACGCACUCCGGACUGGUACCCACACCGUCUUCUUCCCAGGAAGAGCCUCAACACGAGCAGGGGUACGAAGAAGACAUGGACCUAGACGAAGCGCAGACGCGGCUCAUGCGCUACCGCGAGUCGCUCGGGCUUUCGUCGAUACCGGACGAGCCGACUAGCACGCGCCUUACACAUAUAUCGGAGGAGGAUACGCUGGAGUUCGACGAUGAGUCUGCGUUUGGAGCGGGCGGAGAUGGAUUUGGGGUGGGUGGGGACGGGGAAGAGACGGUCAAUAUGACGCGUCUGCGACGGAGUCUUGUGGGCAGUGAGGGAGGGGGCAGUGAGAUGGAUCUGACGCAGUGGCAGCGCGACGACUCUCCUCCUCUUGCCUCUACAUCAGUAAAUGGACAGGAAGGGGCCGGUGGGGAUGAGGCGCCGACGAGCCCAAACCCACGGUCCGGCGCCGGCGGAGGGGUAUUCACGGCGCGCAGGACGUCGUUCGCUGCGCCGGGUAGUGCGGCGGCGCAUGGUGCGAAUGCGCAGAUGAGCGCGUCGACGUCUGCUGCUCCGUUAAACCGCAGUAUCUUUGCGCCUCCGCCACCUUCUCGCUCUCAGCCCUCUCAGCCCUCCCAACAAGCGCAACCCAGCCGACAGCCGCCCGCAUCCCCGUCGAAAUCGACCUCCAGACUUCCAGUCCCGUCCUCUCCUACGAAGAGCCCGCGCAAGGCAGGCAGCGCGGCGUUUGCGGGCCCCGUGGAGAGGGCGGUGCCGAAGCGGUAUCCGAGUUUGGCUGGGGAGGACGCGUUGCCUCAACCACAACCAACCACCUCCUCGCAUUCUACGCAACUGGGCGCGGGCGCUUCGAACGCGACCGCAGGACCAUCCUCCCAACCUCACUCGCAACCGCAACCUCAGCCGACGCUGCUACGGAGCACCUCCGACCCGUCGCACCUAGGCAAAUCAACAAACCAAUUACCCGGUCAAGGGCUGGGACGGAGCAACAGUCAUGAACAGAGCGCGGCGCAGAAGAGGGAGCAGGCGCAGCGCCGGGCGAGCGUGAGCGGGCUGAGGAGGCCGAGCGGGUAUUUUGCGGGGAGGAGGAGUUUGGGUGCUGGGGCUCUACCACAGCCGCCGGCUCAGGCGCAGGGGGACGAGGGUGGGGUGCGCGAAAAGACCGCGGACGAGGAGGAGAGGGAGAAAGAGAGGGAGAGGGAGAAAGAAAGAGUCCAAACGAGCCCGUCGGGGUAUAUCCGCGGCUCUCCUGUGCGCGUGAGGCAUCCGCGGACGUCGAAUGAGAGUGCCAAUGGAGGGGAUGGUGGGGGUGGGGAUGUGUUUGGGACGCCGCCGAGGAUUAAGGUGCAGGAUGAGGGUGAAGAGGGAGAGGGAGGGGAGGGGGAGUUUCCUGAGGAUGAUGAUUUCGUACGUUCCUCUCACUUCUUACCACUAUACACGAUACUAACUCGCUCUUCCCUCUCUCUCUCGCUCGCCUAUCCUCUCGCUCGCCCACUUUCCAUCAAACGCUCGCCUAUGCUCUCGCUCACUUAUGUUCGCCAGCCCCCAAUCUCAAUCGACCAAUUCCUCACCCUCACCUCCGUCUCCUUCAUCCAAGACAUCUUCGUCCCGCCCGUGCCCCUGCGGCCCUCGCUCGCGCCCCGCGGCUCGCUCAGCUCGGCCGAGACGACCAACGCGGAGUUUGUGGUCGCGAUGUUCGAGCAUCUGCCGCAGCUGGAGCUGUAUGGGCGCGUCGUGGAGGAUAUGGAGCGGUGGAGCGCGCAUGCGGCUGAGGUGUAUAAGCAGGCGGAGAAGGACGCGCUGAGCGUGCAGCCGAGCUUGUUCCGCGAGUUCGUCGAAGCGGACGAGGAGAUCCAGCGCGAGCUCGUGGGUCAUCUCAAACGCUACCAGCGGCACUGCCGCGCAAAGGUCAAGCUCCAAUGGCGCCAAUGGCGCCUCGGCUGGGUCAACGAGCUGCGCCAAACAGCCGACGCAGGCUUCGCCGCCCUAACCUCCGACGCGCAGAAACUCGAAGCCCUCUCCAAAUCCGCGCACUCGCUCCUCACGACUCUGCGCGCCAACACCGCGCAGCUCGACCGCGAGCUGGCGGACGAACAGGCGUUCGCGGACGCGCGCGCGCAGGACGACCCGGAGUACCUCGAGGACCUCACGGCGACGAUCGCGGAGCAGGAGGCGGUGCUGCAGGCGUUCCGCGAUGAGCGGGCGGACAAUGAUGCUGCGUUGGAGGCGAUGGAGAGGCGGGUUAGGGAGCUGGAGGAAAGCAACCAAGUGGAGAGGGAGGCGAUCGCUAAGCUUGAACGACCCGAGGAGCCGGAGAAGGACGGGAAGGCGCUGGGGGACGAGAUGGCGAUGGUUGAGGAGGUGACGCAGUUCAGGAUCACGAGGAUACGGGCGAAUAGCUGGGGGAUUGUCUAUGCGAAUCGGUAUAGCGUCGACGCGCCGUCUGUCGACUACGUCCCCCGGCCAGAACAACUACGCAUCACUUUGACGCGCGACGCAAAGGAGCAUACGACGGACGACUUCCCGGCGCUGACGGAGCUUGCCAUGAGCAUUCCACCCAUAUAUUUCGCGAGCAGGCCGGGCAGGCAGGGGCAGAAGACGACGAUGAAGCACGUCGUGCAGUUCUUGAAGGGCUUCUGGGCGGGGCUGGGCAUGGUGCGGACGCAGUUGCGGUUUUUGAGUGUGAAGUGGCCUGUGAGCGCCACGGUGCUUGAGGGCGAGGGGAAGGGGAUGCCGGGGCUGAAGGUCGUCGCUGAUGUGGUGCUGCACACUGUGAAGGGCAAGUGCCGUAUUGAGUUCGUGUUGGACGGGGAGACGCUUGUGCGGUGGCCGUUCUCGGUGCAGGACGUUGCGUGUGCUGUUACGCCUGUAUACGGGACUGGCUUCGACUGCGAACGGAUAUGCGCGGAUAUUGUGGAGAGGAUUAGCGAGGCAAGACCGGAUAAUGCGCAUGGGUGUAUUGUGGAUGCGUGUAUUGUCGCUACGGCGGAGUAUGCGAGGAGGGGGAGGGGGUCGGCGUCGAUGAAUACUUCGGCGUGA